AUGGCGACCUCUCUCGCCGCUCAAUUGGCGCAGGUGGCCGCCAAUUCCAAGUCGACUCUUAAUGUAAAGGCGCAAAAGGCUGCCCACUCCAAAUCACUGAUCUGGGAGCCUCGAGUUGCUGCUACUCAAAGCUACCAAACCCUCUAUACCACCUGCAUCGGAGGCUUCGAGGAGCUCUGCCAGCUGGAUGCUCGUUUCGCGCCCUUUCUGUCCACCAUCUUCAGCGAGGAAAGCCAAAACCAAGAUCGCACCCAGCUUACGGCCGCUGAGAAUGAAGAACUCGAUCGUCGCGUUGAGGCUUUCCUGCGCCUUGCAGGUAGUCGUAUCAGGCUGAUGCCUGCGAUCAAGUCUAUCGAAUGGCUCAUCCGAAGAUUUAGAAUUCACGAGGAAAACACUCAGGCUCUCUUGCUCACUUUCCUGCCUUACCAUUCGAUCCCAGCCUUCGCUACGCUACUAUCGAUUCUCCCGACUAAGAUCCCCUAUGAAUUCCGCUUCCUCGAUCCUUACAUCCGCUCCGCUACUUGCCCUCCUCGAUCCGUACUGGUUCGACAAGCAAUUCUGCACCCUGCCUUCCUUAGCCUCAUCUCUGAGUACACCCUUCAGUCAUGCCGAAUGCAAUACAAUUACCCUGCUCUGAUCUCAUUCUGGGCUGGUAUCAUGACCGAGGCAGUCAGCGGUAUCUUGGACAAGACUAGAUCGGGCAGAGCUAAUGUACAGAGCGAAAACGAUCAAAACUUGCUUCACAGACUGGGACCUAUCUUUGCUGAGUCACUGGUUAUGAAGAAGGUCCCUAGUAUUCAGGUUGCCUCAUACAUGGCGAUUGCAGUUUUUGUUGCCAAGGGCCAUCUCGAAGAUAACGCUGUAACUGCAUUCAUGGACCAGACUGUCUAUGGCUGGACAAAUGAGACUGUGCGACCAGCUCUCGUUGUUCUCGCCAUCUUGGCUCAAUACCGAUCUGCGAAGCAGAUGAGCGGCAAGACCACAAAGGCUCUCAUGAAGGUCACGGAUAUCGGAAACCUUCUUGUCGAGAUUGGACAAGAGCGACGAGUUGACAAACUAGCCAACGGUCUUUGUCUCGCAUUGAUCGAGCGACUUACCAAGAAGGGCGACGCCCGAGGCUUAGCGACUAUUAUCACUAUUCUCAGCAGCUCCGUUCUCAAAGAUAAACAAAUCGCUGUUGUUUUCAAGUCACUUAUCUUGACUGCGCAUCGACUGAACAGCGACAACGACGAAAAUGGAUCCCUUCGACGAGAACUUGGCUCAGCUCUUAUCGCAUUGUCUCAGAUUACCGGCAAAUCUGGGGAGACUAUCCAGUCCGUUAUCGAUGAAGUGAAGUUCGAUAUUGAGGAGCUGGAGAUGAAGCUCGAUCUCUCAUUCCGUUCACGACGCUUGCCCGAAACAAUCAAGGACGACCAGGAUAUGAGCAAUGGCAUCGACGAAAAGAAAGCGCCUCAAGAUCUAAGUCUUUUGCUCAAGGAGCUGUCUGGCCGAUCCGAAUCACUGUCUCCCUGCCUUGUCCCUCAAGCUGGCGAGGUAUUCGACGAAUUCAGCCACAUCUUUUUCUCCGUCGUUUCCGAGAGCUCUCAGAACACCGAGCUGCUAUCCGAGUUCGAGAUGAAUCCCAAACUCCGCCGACAGGCAGCUUUCAAGGAUUGCACCUACUUCAGUUUCUUCAUUCGCAUCUGGACCGGCCCUUACCCAGCCUUGGCUCGAGUUGCGGCUCUCGAUAUGGUCAAGAGGCGCCUCAAGGUCGGCGAUGCAGGAAAGACUGAUCUCCAAGCUCUGCUCCCUUAUUGUAUCACAGCCCUGAGUGAUCCUUCAAAACGCGUCCGUAAGGCUGCCGCCGACUUGGUUACUGUCCUCACUGCUCUUUACGUCCCUCCUGUGCCUGCGGCUGGACUUGAGCUCUGGGGUGAGAAGAGUCUUUAUGGAAAGGCCAAGGGAUUCAAGUCCUUGGCCUCCGAUAUUGUCGCCAAAGUCCUUCAUCUCCAGAUUCUUCCCACUGUAGAGGAAUGUGUUAUGGACCCUGAACAUAUCGCCGCUGUGCUACGCACCGCUAUCGAACAAGGCAAAUAUCAAUUCAAGCCGGAUCCUGUGUUGGACAAGAAGGACCACUUGUCUCAGCCUGGAAGAUUGUCUUUCCUCGAAUUCCUUGCUUCUCACAUCGUUCAUUCACCCCUGAUGCUCGUAAAGAGCAGACUAUUGAAGAUCGUCAACGAGGUCCGAGGUGUUGGCACUAAAACAAGAACAGAUUUUCUACUUGAAGUGCUGGAAUGGUGGGCCAGUCUUAGCGAAGACGAAGCAUCUAAAUUGUGCAGCGCCGAACGUCUGGAGACUAUGGACAUGGACAACCGUUUUGUUGACGUAGUGGUCCCCAACGAUCUUAGAGGGUUAGAGUUCUUCUUGGAGUUUCUCAGAGGACAGGAGCAGAGAGAAAAGGCGGGUCUCAUCCGUGCCAUCUUCGCGCGUAUGAGGAAGAUUUGGUCUUCGAUGAAGCCCGAUGUCAAAUUCACUGCGGCUGAACAGCUACUGGAGAUUUCUCAGGAGUCCACGGCCUCCACCGACUUCACAUCGGUUGUUUCCACUGAAGCCGCUGACUUCUUGAGGAACGUCCGGCUCACAACUGAUAUUCUUGACUAUUUCCUCAAGUCUAUUCCAACUGGAACGAAGAUGAUUACUGAACCUCCAGCCAACAAGCGUCGUCGAGCUAGUUCUUCAGGUGGUCGUGUCGUCAACCCGGUUGCUCCUGAACUUAGUCAGGAGCUUCGAAAGGUCACUUUCAUUCUGCAACUGGUCGAGAACUCCGACCCAGCUGAGCACCCCGAUCUUCUGGAUGGUCUGUUCACUGCCCUCUCGGAGCUUCAGCACAUGAGAACAGUCGUUGGAGCUGAGCUGGGCUAUCUACAGAAUCUUGUCCUCCGAAGCCUUCUUGCCAUGAUGCCAGUUUACAAAUCCAAAAAGUACAACAAGAAGCUCGAGAUUGACAGCUCUGUUGGCUACGGGGACUUGCUUGUUAACUGCAUUCAAAAGUCUUCCAGCCCUGUCGUUCAGAAUGCUGCCCUUCUCUUGGUUGCUAGUCUGGCCACCGCUGCGCCGAACUUGGUUCUUCAUAGUGUGAUGCCCAUCUUCACGUUCAUGGGUGUUUCUGUACUUCGUCAAAGCGAUGAUUACUCGGCCCAUGUUGUGUCCCAGACUAUCAAGGAGGUUAUUCCUCCGUUGAUUGGGUCUAUGCGCCAGGGAAACAACAACCCUAUCAUUGGUGCCUGUGACAUUCUCGUCAGCUUCACAGCCGCCUUUGAGCAUAUCCCAGCCCAUCGUCGACAGGGACUGUUUGUUGCUCUCGUCGAGACGCUUGGUCCUGAGGAUUUCCUUCACGCCAUCAUCGGCAUGUUGGUUGAUAAAUACGGUCCCAGUGACGCCCUGUUGCAGUUUAUUAUCGAGCUCCUUAACCACUUUAGCAUCUUGACACAACUCAAGACGCUCGUCGAGCUCCUUGAUCUUAUCGCAGAUUUGUUCAAGCCUAAGCCUGGCAUCUCUUCUGUUCUCCUUGGCAUCAGCGAUGAAAAGAACGAGAAGGAUAGGGAUCUUCAAGAGAUUGCUCUGAAGCAGCUAUCGGCCUUCCCCAGCUUCCUGGCUAACAAGAAGCUCAGAUCGCAAAUUGGAGGCUUGAUGGAAACUGAUGAUAUGGAAGCAUCAGGACUUAGAGAUCUCUAUGCCAAACUUCUUGAGAACAUCCUCAUUCUGGCCGAUACUGUCAAGGUGGACAAGACACUCCAUGGCCGCUGCGGCCAGGCCCUUUCAAACCAUCUCAACUUGCUUUCCAUCGGAGAGUUCAUCAAGGCCGUUGAAAACCUGCUUGACCGACCGGAUAUGGGCCUGCGACAGAAGGUUCUCCGCGCGCUCGAAGCUCGAGUGGAACAGGAAAGUAACACCGACCCUGCAUCCAGGACCGUCUUGCUGGCAUUCCUUCCCCAGCUUACUGCUGGCAUCCGGGAGUCGACAGAUAUACGAUACAAGCACACCGCAGUCACAUGCGUGGACAAGAUUUCCGAAAAGUACGGCAAGAAGGAUAUCGAGGCUGUUGUGGCGGCUGCCACGACAAUCGCAGGCGACUACUGCUUGGCACAGUCUGAGCAGCGCCUCCGAGUUAUGGCUCUGCUGUGUCUUACCUCGCUCGUUGAUGUCCUUCAAGACGCAAUCGUGCCGGUAUUGCCUAGCGCAAUUCCUCAAGCUAUCGAGUAUCUUGGUGAAAGCGUGGAAGGUGCCGUGGAUCAGGAGCUACAUGUUGCUAGUUACGGAUUCAUCAGUGCUCUGGCUCAGUAUCUUCCUUACAUGCUUUCAACUUCAACUUAUAUUGAUCGCAUCUUGGAGGUUUCUAACAAGUCUGCUGAACUUGACCUGGAUGAUAACACGAGGGAAAGUCGCGUUGAUUGCCUUCACUUCCUGGCUAAGCAACUCGAGGCUAAGGAGAUCUUCUCAGCUCUUGACCGAAACUGGGAGAGUGCUAGAAAGGCUGGAUUCUCUGCUGUUGCCGAGUAUCUCGAUGUGAUGGGCUUGGCUAUUGACAAGCACCCCAAGUCUGGUAUUUCCAAGAAUGCCAUGCUAUUGGCGAGCAUUCUCACAAAGGUCUUCGACCUUCGACGACAGGAGCAUGCCAAGGGCGAUUUCGGCGAGCAAGACCUUCUGAGGCUCAGUGCACUUGACGCCAGUGCCAACGACAAGGCGUUGAAGAUGAUCUACAAGCUCAACGAUGCUGCAUUCAGGCCAGUCUUUGACCAAAUUAUUACGUGGUCCAGCUCAGGCCUCAAGGACGACAGAGCGGGACGCGCGCUACGACAACUAAGCGUCUAUGGGUUCCUCGAGGCAUUCUUCGGCACCCUCAAGUCAAUCGUCACCAACUACGCUACAUACAUUUUGGAGGACGCGGUUAAGAUUUUGACGUCAGUGGAUCUGAAGAGCCCUGAGGAGCGACAGCUCUGGACGAGGGUGCUGCAGACCCUGGGUAACUGUUUCGAACACGACCAGGAUGACUUCUGGCAGGCUCCGGCCCACUUCAGCGCCAUUGGACCGGUACUUAUGGGUCAGUUCUCACAUGCCGGCACGGUGGAUGUGACGGAGGACCUCAUCCCAACAAUGGUGGAACUCGCCUCGGCAGCAGACUCACAGGCUCAUCAAAAGGAGCUGAACUCUGCACUCCUGAAGCACCUGCGAUCAGAGUCUUCAGCGAUUAGACUUGCCGCGGUCAAGGGUGAACAGGCAUUGACAGACCGUCUGGGUGAAGAGUGGUUGGCUAUGUUGCAUGAGAUGUUGCCUCGCAUCAGCGAAUUGCAGGAUGAUGACGACGAGGAGGUUGAGCGCGAGACACACCGAUGGAUCGUCAAGAUUGAGGGAGUGCUGGGAGAGGAUCUGGAUGCUAUGUUGCAAUAA